AUGGAGAACAACAACAACGACACAUUGGUUCUUGUGACCGGCGCCUCUGGAUAUAUCGCCUCUCACUGCGUGCGAAUGUUACUCAAUGGCGGGUACCGAGUGCGAGGUACUGUAAGAAGUCUGAAGAAUGAGAAAAAGGUCGCGCCAAUCAAGAAUCUUCAACGAGGAGAUCGCCUUGAACUCGUGGAAGCAGACUUGCUAAAGGAAGAUUGCUGGAAAAGUGCAGUAAGCGGCUGUGACUACGUUCUUCAUAUUGCGUCGCCAUUCCCAAUAGUUGCUGAUGCCAGUUGCGUGGACACUGCUGUCACCGGAACUCUUAACGUUCUCAGAGCCGUUGCUAAGGAGCCGAGCGUGAAGAAAGUUGUUCUGACAAGCAGUUGCGCAGCUGUUAAUGAAGGACAUCCACAGAAUCGAGUGUUCGACGAGACUUCAUGGACAAACGUCUCCAGUCCAUUGGUUGAUUACUAUGCAAAAAGUAAGACGCUAGCUGAAAAGGCUGCAUGGAAUUUCGUGAACAGCAUAAAGGAUGGCAACAAAUUUAAACUGACGUGCUUAAAUCCAACGUUGGUCCUUGGUCCUCUGAUAAUUGAUGAAGAAGGCGCCAGUGUAUCGCUUAUGCGGCGAUUCCUCAACCACGAGAUGCCGGCCGUUCCUGAACUGAAUUUAGCAUGUGUAGACGUUCGCGAUGUAGCCAAGGCACAUUUGCUAGCCUUACAGUGCCCAGAAAGCGAUGGGGAACGAAUUUUGAUCACGAGUCAACCAUCAUUUUGGUUCCGAGAUAUCGCACAAAUCCUGGGAAAAGAAUUCAGACGUCAAGGAUUCUGGAUACCUCGUUACCAAGCACCGUACUUCGUGCUCUGGUUGUAUUCGUUUUUUGACAAGGAAGCUGCCGCCUGUAUGAAUCGUGUCGGCCACACGAUUCGCUUCGACAACUCAAAAGCGAAACGUUUACUCGGUAUGGAAUUCAAUGAUCCAGCCGUGGCAAUGAUAGAAAUGGGAUAUUCCCUGAUCGAAAGAGGAAUUGUCAAGAAACGCUCUGGAUACAAUGGAGUACCAGACAAAUACAACAUUUAG